UAAUUAGGUUGAGGCUAUCAGCGCUGGUAAGAUAAUGGAGGCUGUAAACAUUAUCAGCGCAAACACAGAGCAGGCCAAGAUAUCAACGGCAUCGCGGGGCAUGUGGGCUCAGUUGGCCAGUGAAGGUUUUCGGAAAAUGUCGACUGCAUCGCUGAUCGUGUUCUGUGUCUGUGCGCUGCUGCUGGGACACACCCUCGGCCAAGAUCCGCCUGUAAACUAUUCGCUGCAAUGGGCCAAAGACACGGGCAUCCACAUCAGGAUGGUGAUUGAAGAGAAGCUGCCGAAUACGGCCCGGGCUCAGGCUGAGGGCAGCGAAAUUGCGGACGCCUUCGACAUGGGACUCGGACACUGCAACACCGAGCUGGUAAGCAGUCGGAACAUUGCCCAGCACAAGGUCUGUGUGAAUGCGCUGGCAGCAGGUGCUUAUGCCGCGUUGGAUCGCGUCGCUGGCCAGCAAUGGGCCAUCUAUGGCGCCAGCUCUGGAGCGUCGCGUAUCGGUUUGUUCUGGUGAUGCAGCAACAGAUACUAUUCACGAUUUAAUAUUCAAUAAAGCAACUCAGCAUUGUA